AUGUAUGAUCUUGUCAUAAAAAACGGCAUAAUAUGCACUGCGAGUGAUCUUUACAGAGCUGAUAUUGCAAUCGGUAACGGUCUGAUUGAAUGCAUUGCGAGCAACAUCGAUAUCAAUUUGGCAGUAGAGGUUAUUGACGCCGAAGGGGGUCUCAUUACCCCAGGUGGAAUCGACGCGCACGUACAUGUAGACGAACCUUUGAAACUGCUCGGAAAUUUAGCAGACACAAUGGAAAGCGCAACCAGAAGCGCGAUCGCAGGAGGAACCACGACGGUUAUUGCGUUUGCCACCCAAGAUGUUUCCAAAACUGGGCCCAAAGCACUGUCUCACUCGGUUGAAAGUGUCGUCGAUGAAUAUGCUCAGCAAACACUAUACUGUGAUUACGCGCUGCAUUUAAUCUUGUUCCAGCUAGAGAAGAGCUCUAUUGAAGGCCGGGAUUUACUCAACGCGCAACUUCAAAACAUGUACGAAGAUUUCGGAGUAACAAGCGUCAAAGUGUUCAUGACUUAUCCGGGCUUGCAAAUGAGUGAUUAUGAUAUACUCAGCACCAUGCAUUCAACGAGGACAAAUGGUUUCACCACCAUGAUUCACGCUGAAAAUGGAGAUAUCGUUAGGUGGAUGACUGAAGACUUGGAAUCCAAAGGCCUACUUCAUGCAUAUUACCACGGCAUUUCGAGGCCACCGGCAAUUGAAGGCGAAGCUACCAACAGGGCUAUUGUUUUAUCGUCAACGCUCAACACGCCUAUUCUAUUCGUUCACGUCUCUUCUCCGGAUGCGAUAGAGGCUAUCAAUAAGGCUCAAGCAAAAGGCUUGCGGGUCUUUGCCGAAACAUGUCCCCAGUAUGCUCUACUGUCGGAUCAGGAAACCAUGUGUCAUCAUUCCGUAAACCUAUUGGACUGCGAUAUGGGCCAAACUGAAAACAACGGAAGCAAGUUGGUGGACCAAAAUGAGUCCGAUCACUUUGUAGGUGCCAAAUAUAUUUGUUCACCCCCAAUCAGACCUAAAGAAUGUCAAAAGCAUAUAUGGAAUGGUAUAAACAGUGGAACUUUCACUAUCGUAGGUUCCGACCACUGUUCCUAUUAUUAUAACGAAAAAAUGUCGGCGGCAUCAAAACAUAGAGCCUUCCACGACGGUAAAGACGGCAGAUUCCGCUACAUUCCCAACGGAAUGCCGGGUGUUUGCACCAGAAUGCCUUUACUAUUUACAUAUGGUUAUUUGGACAACAAGAUUAAGGACAUGAUGAAAUUUGUUGAAGUCAACUGCACAAAUCCUGCUAAAUUGUAUGGGUGCUAUCCCAAAAAGGGCUCCAUUUUGCCGGGUGUAAGUGAUGCAGACCUUGUAAUUUGGUAUCCGCAAGACCCUGCGCAAGACGCUCACCCAUCUAAACCCACCACCAUAAAAAAUAGUAUAUUGGAGCAUGGUUGUGACUAUACACCAUUUGAAGGCUUCAAAGUGUCAAACUGGCCUCGAUACACCAUAGUAAAGGGCCGAGUGGUAUACAAAGAGGGCACGGUGCUCAAGUACAAUGCAACCGGUAGAUACGUGCCAAGGGGAAAAAGCACGAUGUGUUGUUCAAAAUAG